UUCUCAAGAUCCAGUCAUGGGUUCUAAUCAAAAGAAGGACAAGUUGUGGGAACGAAUUUCUGCUUUAUUUCAUGAAAGGAUUUCCAAUAUUUGUAAUGCUCAAAGGACUCCAAAGUCUCUUUCAUGCCGAAUGCAAUUAAUUAUGAAGGCCAUCAGUAAAUUUCGAGGAUGUAUUCGACAAGUCGAGCGCUUAAAUCCAAGCGGUGCUUCUGAGCUUGACAUUAUUAAACGUGCUAGGAUAAUAUUUGCAGAAGAUCCAGAAGAGAGAAAGGGGUUUCUAUUUGAUCAUGUUUGGUCAAUUUUAAAAGAUGCAGAGAAAUGGGCAAAUAUAAGUGUCAGAUCGCCUGCAACUUCCAAAACUUCAAAGUCCCGCUCAUCUCAGGGAUCAGGUUCAAGUUCUCCUGUCGUCGACUUAAAUGAUGAUAAUGAGGAAUAUACUCAUAAUGACGAAGAGAUGAUAACAAGUCGACCGACAGGAAGGAAGAAAGAGAAGAUGAGGAGGCGACAAGCAACUGAAUCCAACCUCGACUUGGAAACUCUCAAUAAAAGCAAUCAAGAAAUUGUCGAUAUUUUAAAAAAAGUCAUGGAGAACGAGAAAAUGAUAAAAUAA